ACCUUGGGCUUUGAUCCUAUCCAUGAUGAAAUUCGUGAGAAUAACCAUGGAACCAAUGUUGCAGGAGUGAUAGCCGCAAAAAGAAAUGGCCUUCUUGGUAUAGGAAUUGCAUAUGAUGCAACUAUAGUAGAUGUAAGAGUCUUAACGCCUGGCUCAACACCCGAAAUCAUAGGACGGGCACUGGCUAUCAACAGGGAUCGGAUUGAUAUUUACUCAAAUAGUUAUACGAAUUUUCCCAAUGGAAUAAGCAUAUAUCCACUCCACCCUCUCAUAGAAGAAAGUCUUCGCAUGGGAACAAAAUAUGGCAGAAAGGAACUUGGUUCGAUUUUUGUUUGGUCAACAGGAAACGGAGGUGAAGAAGGGAUUUUGAAGGACUACUGUUCUUAUGAAGGACUAGUUAAUAAUCCGUGGGUUAUACCCGUUGCAGGGGUGACAUAUGAUAUGAAAAAGUUAACUUCUGGUGAACAGUGCAGUGCUAUUUUCAUAACAGCUUUGACAAAAAAUCCUAAUGAUACUAUUCAUAAUAUUGUAACAACUGAAGGGUUUAAUGGAACCACAAUAAACUUUGGACGCAACUCAGCUGCAGUGCCUAUGGUGUCAGGAGCAAUAGCUCUAGCACUCCAAGCUAAUCCUAAUCUAACAUAUAGAGACGUGAUGUAUCUUCUGGUGAGCACGGCAAGAAAUACACUACCUUUCGACCCAUACGAUUUUCAGACUAACGGCGCUGGAAUUAAAACUUCACCAACAUUUGGAUUUGGACUUCUGGAUAUAGGUGCUUUAGUACAGAAAAGUAAAACAUGGACUAGUAUAUCACCAGUAAAGACCUAUACUUUAAAAGGAAUGCCAGUAAGGUUAACAGGCUCUAUAUGUGUUGAAGUUAAAGAACAUUUUUACAAUUUUGACAAGUUGGAACAUGUGUCGCUUUUCAUAAGUCUUAGAUCGGAUCGAGCUGGUUUUCUAACAGUUAUUUUGAUAUCGCCUUGUGGGACGAGAUCAACCCUUAUUCCAGGCAGAAAGAUAGACAGGCGAAAACAGCUAGAAAUAAAUGUAACAUCUGUUCAAUUUUGGGGGGAAAAUCCCAUCGGAUUGUGGAUUAUUCAAGUGGAAGACAAUGUUAAAAUAGAAGGAAAUGUAAUUACAUGGGAACUUAAUCUUCUCGGAAUAAAGAGCAAUGUACUGCCAAUGCAAUGUUUGAAAGGAAACCGUACUUGCAACAAUGAGAAGAUUGGAGCAGAAAAUUUCCAUGGAUAUUUCACAAAAGAGUAUUUAGAAGAGAGAUUGGGGAGAAAGAAAGAAAGAUAG